AUGAUGCCUUGGCGUGUGUCUUUUCCCGCAACGGAGGAGAAGGCCACGGCUGUAUUUCAAAGAAUGUGGAAGGAGCAUCCCCGUCCCAUUAUGGCCACCGUGACCGUCAUGGGUGGUUACUUCGUCUUUAAGGGGGCCGCGCUGCUGAUUUCCCGCCACAUGCGGAACAAGUUGCUGGCGACUCUCAAGAAUCUUGAAAAGGACACGGUGCACCUCUUUGUUCAUCAUCGCUGGUCGCAUGGACCCAAUUUCUUCCCGCAUUGCGUGAAAAUAGAGACGUUUCUGCGCCUGGAGAAGAUUGCGUACACCGUGCACUUCACCUCGGACGCCUCCCUUUCACCAACGGGCCGGCUGCCGUUCAUUGUUUACAACGGCACCAUCGUUGGUGACAGUGGGCCCUGCAUGGAGUACCUGAAGGAGACGUUGCAUUUGCGCCUGGACGACGGUCUCACCCCUGAAGAUCGCGCCAUUGGGCACGUCACGCGGCGCAUGGUGGAGACAUCACUCAACUACGGCCUUCAACGCAGCACGCUGGUGGACCGACCAGGACUGAUGCAACAGAUGUUUAUAAAGGAGUACCUAGUGGAACCCAAGAUGGCGCGGCGCCUGGUGCGUAGCAUGCGGUUCAAGCUGGUCAAGGCGCUGAACACGCUGGGAUACAACACACUCUCAGAGGAUCAAUAUCCACAGGAGUUUUUACACGAAGUUCAAAGCCUGGAAACACUGCUUAGCGCAAAACCAUUUCUGCUUGGAAACACCCCAACUAGUUAUGACUGCACUGUGUAUGCCUGGCUGCAUGUGGCAUGGGAGAUUGGGCCCCAUGGACCGGCAAUAAAGUAUCUUCGGAAAAGCAAUGUCCUCAGUGAAUACAUCACGCGUAUGAAAAAUCUGGCAUUUCCGGAUAUCAAUGAACUUGGCACGUCAUCUGAAUCACAAAAAUUUAUUCCCUACAAGAAACAAACGUGA